AUGAAUAAACUGUGUUUACGCUCAUAUAUAAAAAGUCGUUUGUUAUUGGGUUUAACUACUACACAAAUUCAUGAGGAAUUAACUACUGCUUAUGGACAAGGUGUUGUUGCAUAUUGUACAAUUGCUCAUUGGGCUCAUCGAUUUUCAAGUGGACGAGAGUCGUUAGACGAUGAUCCCCGAAAUGGUCGUCCGUUAUCCGUCAUUACUCAACAAAAUAUUGAAGCUGUUAAAGACCUGGUGAAUGACGAUCCACAUAUUAGUAUUGAUUAUAUUGCUGACAUGUUAGAUAUAUCACAUGGUAAUGUGGAUACUAUUCUCAAACAACACCUUAAUUUAAAAAAAGUAUCGUCAAAAUGGAUACCUCAUAAACUCACAUCAGCACAACAACAACGUCGUGUUGAUAUUUGUAUCGAAAAUUUACAGAAGAUUGAAAGUGGUGCAUGGAAAUUAUGUGAUAUAGUUACUGGUGAUGAAAGUUGGUUUUAUCAUCGCAAAAUUAAAUCAAAACAAGAAUCGAAAGCUUGGAUAGCACAAGGAACAAGUCCUCCCACAGAAGUGAGAAGACAAAAAUUUGAAGAAAAAACAAUGUUCGUUAUAAUUUUUUCAUGA